AUGGAACCAGGAGUAAAACGUGACCGGGAAGCCACAAAUGAUGCACUACAGUCGUUCCAUGAAGUACCAAAUGAGUCACAAAAACCUCGAGCUGAAGAAGAAAAGGGCAAACGGUGGACACUGAAACAAGAUAAUAUGCUGCGUAAAGCAGUGGAAGAGUUUGAUCAGCGUAAUUGGAAAGCUAUUGCUACCCGUGUGGAUGGACGGAACCAUGCGCAGUGUCUUCAGCGCUGGAAUAAAGUGUUGAAACCAGGAUUAGUGAAAGGCCACUGGAUCGAUGAAGAGGACACGACAUUGGAGCAAAUGGUCUUGCAAGGCUGUCACUCAUGGGGAGAAGUGGCAGCUUAUAUUCCUGGUAGAACAGCAAAGCAGUGUCGAGAACGUUGGAGAAACCACUUGGAUCCAAGCAUUAACAAACUACCUUUUACUCUUGAAGAAGACGAGGUUAUCCAGGACGGAUUCGAAAAGAUGGGGAAUCGAUGGACACAGAUUGCACAGUUACUUCCAGGACGGACAGAAGACGCUGUAAAAACGAGAUGGAAAGCGCUAAACCCCAACCAAAAGGUAAAAGCCAAACCAGGUCGACCAAAACAUAUGCCCGGUGUGACAAUGAACAAGCAACGCGAUGCAGUAUCGCCUGAUGUUGCUGGGAUGGUGACAAAUGCACCCAUCGCGAUGCUGGAAAUGCCGGUGUACGAAAAUGGGUGUCUGCCUUCUUAUCCUGACAAUAGCGCAUCAAUGCUCCCGCCCAUGCCGAUAUCACCUCUGCAAUCUCUACAUAUGAGAAUGCCUCAUGCAAAAGUGUCCGUGCACACAACGCCGGUAUUAUUACCGAGCCAGUAUCCUGAACCCAUUGUAGAGCCGCUUAGCGAUGAAGUGGCUGAAAACGAACUGAAUGAUGCGGAGAUGUUGAAGGAGCUUCUUCGCAGCCACUCGAACAGUUUGCUAAGCUUUGGCAGUAUAUGUGGGCUGAAUUCAUUUACAGACAUGUCUCCAGAAGACUUGCUCGAAAGCGGCGAGUUGGAUGAGAUGCUUCGUGCUACCGUGUCAAUAUCCAAAGAAAAGAGCGAGAGAGGCCGACUUUCCAGCACAAGCAGUAUGAUGGACAGUUUAACCAGCUCGUUCAAGAACCCGGAAUCACUGCAAAAGGCAGUGCAGAACCUGGACCACGAUGAGCAGCACCUAUUCCAGGGGCUACUUGACAGAUGGCGGACUGAAAAGUCAAUUUGUGGUGACGUUGCAACUCAAAUUGAUGACCACAUCGCUAGUUUGCCAGUGGACCCAAACGCAUACAUGCAACACAACUUUGAGAUCAACAGUGAGCGCAAUUUGGCUAAUACGUCGGAGCACGAAGAAACACGCUCACUUCCUCGACGGAACUCGUAUGGAAUCUCGUACGAGCUCAGCAACAUCACAAGUGAUAUCGGUGAGCUGCUUGGCUCCGACCUCAUGCGCCCGAUUCGAAAGGGCAAGAUGUACUAG